UCGGUGAACGCGUGGUUGCAGUGCCGCGGUCGGAGCGCUCUCUCUGCGGUUCCACAGCAAUAAGAAAAAGAAAGAAAAACGCGGUGAGGUGAACAAGAGGACAGGAGCUCCAUGAUAAAGGACUGUACCUUGGAGAAAAGUGGCUGGCCGGAGCCCGUCAGCAUGCGGGUCCUGUUGAGCGUCCUGUACCCGGUCCUUUCUCUCACCAUCUUCGGAUUGUAUCCCUCUAUGACUAUCGGCCCAAAGGAGGGCUGGCAGGUGUACAGCUCAGCUCAGGAUGCUGAUGGGCGCUGCAUCUGCACAGUGGUGGCACCAGAACAAAGCCUGUGCUCUAGAGACGCCAAGAGCAGACAGCUCCGCCAGCUACUAGAGAAGGUGCAGAACAUGUCUCAGUCCAUUGAGGUGCUGAACCUGCGCACUCAGAGGGAUUUCCAAUAUGUCAUGAAGAUGGAAAACCAGAUGAAGGGUCUGAGAACCAAGUUCAGACAGAUUGAGGAUGACAGGAAAUCCAUCAUGGCCAGAAAUUUCCAGGAGCUUAAGGACAAGAUGGACGAGCUGAAGCCAUUGAUCCCUGUGUUGGAGCAGUAUAAGAUGGAUGCUGCACUCAUCUCUCAGUUCAAGGAUGAGAUCAGAAACCUGUCUGCGGUGUUGACAGGCAUACAGGAGGAACUUGGGGCGUAUGACUAUGAUGAGCUUUAUCAGCGAGUCCUGCGACUAGACAGUCGGCUCCGCAGCUGCAUGGGCAAGCUGACGUGUGGGAAAUUAAUGAAAAUCACUGGACCUGUUACAAUAAAGACAUCUGGAACCCGGUUUGGGGCAUGGAUGACUGAUCCUCUCGCAUCAACCAGAAACAACAGGGUUUGGUAUAUGGACAGCUACACCAAUAGCAAGAUUGUACGUGAAUACAAGACAAUGGAAGACUUUGUAGCAGGGGUGGUUUCUCGAACCUACAGCCUCCCCUUUAAAUGGGAGGGAACAAAUCACAUUGUCUACAAUGGAUCACUUUAUUACAACAAGUACCAAAGCAACAUCAUUGUCAAGUAUAACUUCGAGACGGGCAGCGUGCUGGCCCAGCGAGCUUUGGAAUUUGCCGGCUUCCACAACAUGUACCCAUAUACGUGGGGGGGAUACUCUGACAUCGACGUCAUGGCUGAUGAACUGGGAAUGUGGGUUGUGUACGCAACCAAUCAAAAUGCUGGAAAUGUUGUCAUCUCUCAGAUCGACCCUGACACCCUGCAGGUCCUAAAGACUUGGACCACCGAAUAUUCCAAAAGGAACGCAGGUGAAUCUUUCAUGAUCUGCGGGACACUGUAUAUUACUAAUUCUCACCUGUCGGGAGCAAAGGUUUACUACGCUUACUCUACCAAGACUUCAACCUAUGAAUACAUAGACAUUCCUUUCCACAACCAGUACUUUCACAUCUCCAUGCUCGACUACAAUGCCAGAGAGAGGGCGCUGUACGCUUGGAAUAAUGGGCAUCAGGUAAUAUUUAAUGUGACCCUUUUUCAUGUCAUAAAAACUGAUGAUGAUUCUUAAGUGUGAUACUUUUCAACUACAACUACAGCACCAUCGUUUGUGAUACAAGGACCUCCUUAUUGACCGUGUUUUCUUCUAUUUGAAAUGGACUGUGGUUUCUUUACUUGACAUUACUUGAACUUUUCUAAUUUUUGCCUCUGGAUUCUUGGCUGAAUUGAGCAUGGACUUUAAUGCUUUACUGAAAAACAGGCUAUACAGUUUAUACACAUUUCCGUUGCUGCUGAUCAGACUAGUAUGCCUUAUUUGCUAAGUGUCAGGUCUGCCAGCAGAAGAUGCUUUUGCAUGAAUGUUAACAUUUUGUCCGCAGUGA